GUUUUGACAAAUUCAUAUAUUGUGCUUGCCGCUAUACGGUCACAUUCAACCAGCUGCAGUCAUUAAAGCAAGUUUCUCAAAAUGUUCAAAAAAUUCGAGGAAAAGGACAGCAUUUCAUCGAUUCAACAACUCAAAUCGUCCGUACAGAAAGGCAUACGUACAAAACUAUUGGAGGCAUAUCCAAAACUAGAAACGCACAUUGAUUUAAUAUUACCCAAAAAAGACUCGUAUCGCAUUGCCAAAUGCCAUGAUCACAUCGAACUGCUGCUAAAUGGUACCGGCGAGCAGGUAUUCUUUAGACACCGGGACGGUCCAUGGAUGCCGACAUUGCGUUUGUUGCACAAAUUCCCAUACUUUGUUACCAUGCAGCAGGUGGACAAGGGUGCAAUCCGUUUUGUUUUGAGCGGCGCCAACGUCAUGUGUCCUGGCUUAACAUCGCCGGGCGCCUGCAUGACGCCGGCGGAAAAGGGCACAGUUGUUGCCAUCAUGGCUGAAGGCAAGGAGCAUGCGCUAGCAAUUGGACUACUCACGCUUUCCACGGAAGAUAUCUUGAAGAAAAACAAAGGCAUCGGCAUUGAGACGUAUCAUUUCCUCAAUGAUGGUCUCUGGAAAUCGAAACCCGUGAAGUAGAAUGGCUAGCAUGGCUAGUUGAUAGAGCUGUGGCAGCGCCUCGUCAGGCACUCGUGUCCUACUACAUAGUCUUCGAGAGCAAAAGAAUGUUUUUGAUUUUUUUUUUUUUUUUGCGCAUAUUAAGCAUUUGAAAGAGCAUUGUAUUUAAUAUU